AGCUUCUCAUAGACUUAUGUAGUUUAUAUUAUAGAUGUUCAUAUGAGCUAUAGAUCUGCUUAAGAGUUCAAAUUCCUAAUCAUUCACUAGCAAGAUCUACUUUUUUCUACAGUGUCCUGAAUUUUCCUUGGGUUUUGGAAAGUUGGGGUGGUCCAUUUUCUAGAUUCCUCACCUUAUGCUACAACUUGUCAAAAAAAUUUAUUCAGAUUCCCCCCCUCAAAUGCUACUACAUAAUUAAAAUGCCAGUGUGGCCAUAAACAACCACCCCAACUUCUCCUAUCAUUUCCUCUCUAGUUUUCUAUGAACAAGAAAACAUGAGCAGUGAAAUAGGAUUUCUUUCUCCUACUACAACAUACCUUAGAAACUCAAAUUGGUUAUUUGAGGAAAAUAAGGGAACAACAAAAUGGACAACUGAAGAGAACAAGAGGUUUGAGGAUGCAUUAGCUUUAUUUGAUAAGGAAACACCAGAUAGAUGGUAUAAUGUAGCAGCAAUGAUCCCUGGAAAAACAGUGAAUGAUGUGAUCAAACAGUAUAGAGAAUUAGUAGAAGAUAUUAGUGAUAUUGAGGCAGGUUUAAUACCAUUACCUGGAUAUACAACUAGUACUAAUUCUUUCACAUUGGAGUGGAUUAAUCACGAUCAAGAAGGCGACUUCCACGACUUGAACAAGCGAUUCUAUGGUCCGUCUGGGAAGCGAAACCCAUCAACGCGAUCUUCUGAACAUGAAAGGAAAAAGGGAGUGCCAUGGACUGAGGAAGAACACAGGCAAUUUCUGUUGGGGCUAAAAAAGUAUGGAAAAGGAGAUUGGAGAAAUAUUUCACGCAAUUAUGUGACCACAAGGACACCAACACAAGUAGCAAGUCAUGCUCAGAAGUAUUUUAUAAGGCAACUUUCUGGAGGUAAAGAUAAGAGAAGAUCAAGUAUACAUGAUAUUACCACUGUCAAUCUUACAGAAAUGAAGUCGCCUUCGCCAGAGAAUCAUAUAUCGUCUAUAUCUCCUCACGAAUCUGCUCCUUCUCCUCAAGAACAAGCUUUAUAUGAGUAUAAUUUGCCAAAUCAAGAAGCAGAUAUAGCAUUCAAGACAUAUGGUCUAAAGUUGCAUGAAAAUGGCAUGCAUAGUGUUAUUCAACAGGGACUCCAGUUUGCUCAGUACAAUACCAUGUGAUCAGUUUGGAGAAUACUCAAAAUCAAUUUCAUGUUCUUUAAGAAAAAGCACAAAAAUGACACUGCCAAGAACAAGAUAUGCUUCAAUUAGUUCAUAUUACGAAGCUCAGGAACCAAAAGAGGGCUGCUCAUUGAAGGGGAGCUUGGCAUAACUGGUAAAGUUGCAGCCAUGUGAUUAGGAGGUCAGGGUUCGAGUCGUGGAAACAGCCUCUUGCAGAAAUGCAGGGUAAGACUGCGUACUAUAUACUCAUGUGGUUCGGUCCUUCCCCGAACCCCGCGUAUAACGGGAGCUUAGUGCACCGGGCUGCCUUUUUUUUCAAUAAUCUAUUUCUUCGCCCUGAUUGAUCAUUUGCUGUUUUUUCAAGUGUGUUUGAUGUUGAAAGCAUAUAUUCCUUUCAUGAUAAAUUCAGAGCUAUAGGAGGUUCAAGCUGAACUAGCCCAAGUUAAGCCCAAACCGCCUAUUUGCCACCGUUCAGCUAGAAGGCUCAGAACUAUUACAUGUUAAUAUUAUUGAUUAUUGAUAAUGAUAGCAAUAAGUCAAGUAAAGUUGCUUAAAGAAAAUUAUGGUAGUUUUAGUUUGUAGUUUCUUGUUUUCAGCUCUGUAGAAGAAACACUAUUACAGCUUGCAUUUG